UUCGUCAGCUAAACAAAGUUAAAAGAGUCUGUCAGAUUAUCAAAGUGGGGAUAUUUCCCAGGUCAGAGCGGCUCUGUCUCUCCCUGAUGGAACUCAGCUGAAGCGUCUCUCAGUCUGCGGGCGUCAGAUUGUGAUUCUGGAGCGUGAAUGAAGGAAAACCAUGUCAAAAGCAGAGAGUCAAGCAGCGAAAGACCUGACGGAGGCGAUGGAAACGACGAUGCAGCGACUGCAGGGGAGAUUUCAGGCCAUGUCUGAACAACUGGAGUCACAAAUCGAUCAGAUGGGGACGCGUAUCGACGACCUGCAGAAGAACGUGUCGGAGCUCAUGACGCAGGCCGGCAUGGACGAGGCCCAGUCCGCUUCCAAGUGACGUCCGGAUCCACCGGGCGGAUCGGCGUCCAGCGAUCUGAAAACCGACGCCUUGGACUCGACACACCCAUGAUGGACACAUAUCUUGAAACUCAAUGGCUCCCUGUGGUUUAUUGGAAACAUGAUGGAUAACAAUUAUAAGUGCUGAGC